AACUCCGGCGGCAGCGACGGUCUCUGUGUAGACUGGUAGGAACGGAAUGUUUGCCUAGCAAAAGGAAUCGAACAAUAGUACCCAAAGACUUAGUUAUCCUCAAGGAAAUUAUAGUCAGAUUUUAAACACUAUUGUGAUCAACAUAUUUACUCAGUAAGAUCUGGAUAAAGCUCUGUGAGCUUUACGGGAGACGCAGGACAAAAUGUCCCUCUUCCAGUCAGCUCUUGAUUUCCUAGCUGGGCCCGGUUCCUCCGGAGGUGCGUGUCGGGACCAUAAUGACUUCGUUGGACAAAUUGUGGAGCUCGGUGACAUGAAACUCAGAAUCAGAAGAGUCAUUGCCGAAGGUGGAUUUGCAUUUGUAUAUGAGGCCCAAGACAUAAGCACCAGUAAAGACUAUGCCCUCAAGAGACUACUGUCUAACGAAGAGGAGAAGAACAAGGACAUCAUCCAGGAGGUCUGCUUCAUGAAAAAGCUGUCUGGUCAUCCUAAUGUGGUCCAGUUCUGCUCAGCAGCGUCCAUCAGUAAGGAAGAGUCUGACACGGGCCAGGCAGAGUUCCUCAUCCUCACAGAGCUCUGUAAAGGUCAGCUGGUCGACUUCAUCAAAAGGGUGGAGCAGAAGGGACCGAUGUCAUGUGACACGGUGCUGAAGAUCUUCUACCAGUCCUGUCGUGCCGUGCAGCACAUGCAUAAACAGAAACCUCCUAUCAUCCACAGAGACCUCAAGAUCGAGAACCUGCUGAUCAGCCACCAGGGGACCAUCAAGCUGUGUGACUUUGGCAGCGCCACCACGCUGGCCCACUACCCAGACUACAGCUGGUCGGCCCAGAAGAGGUCCAUGGUAGAGGACGAGAUCACCAGAAACACCACGCCAGCCUACAGGACACCAGAGAUGAUUGACCUCUACUCCAACUUCCCCAUCAAUGAGAAGCAGGAUAUCUGGGCGCUGGGCUGCAUCCUGUACCUGCUGUGUUUUAAGCAGCACCCAUUCGAGGAGGGCGCCAAGCUGCAGAUCGUGAACGGGAAGUAUGCCAUCCCCCAGAACGACACCAAGUACACCGUCUACCACGACCUCAUCCGCUCCAUGCUGAAGAUCAACCCAGAGGAGCGUCUGGGCAUCACAGAGCUAGUGAACCAGCUGCAGGAGGUGGCUGCCGCCCGCAACGCCAACCCCAAGUCUCCAAUCACAGAGCUGCUGGAGCAGAACGGAGGCUUCGGGAACAACGGAGCCCAGCCGCCCACCCAGAUCCAGAACAUCCACAACGCAGGGGUCUGUGGGGCAGAUUCUGACCUAUCGGCAGGCGGCUUCCUGGACAUUCUGAAGGGAGGCACGGAACGUUUCCUGACCAACAUCAAAGACACCUCCUCUAAGGUCAUCCAAUCAGUGGCCAGCGCGCCCAGCUAUGCCAAAGGAGACCUGGAUCUCUCCUACAUCACCUCCAGGAUAGCAGUCAUGUCCUUCCCUGCUGAAGGGGUGGAGUCGGCCAUUAAGAACAACAUUGAGGAUGUGCGUCUCUUCCUGGACUCUCGCCACGCUGGUCACUACGCCGUCUACAACCUGACCAAGCGCUCCUACAGGCCCUCCCGCUUCCACAACAGGGUCUCAGAGUGUGGCUGGCAGGCGCGGCGGGCCCCUAACCUGCGCAGCCUCUACAGUGUGUGUAAAAACAUGCACAUGUGGCUGAAACAGGACCAGAGGAACAUCUGUAUAGUGCACUGCCUGGAUGGCCGUGCAGCCUCGGCGGUGGCGGUGUGCUCCUUCCUGUGCUUCUGCCGUCUGUUCACCACAGCCGAGGCUGCUGUCUACAUGUUCAGCAUGAAGCGCUGCCCGCCCGGCAUCUCUGCCUCACACAAGAGGUACAUAGAGUACAUGUGUGACAUGAUGGCCGAGGAGCCCAUCAUCCCCCACAGCAAGCCCAUAAUGAUCCACUCCAUUGUCAUGACGCCCGUGCCGCUGUUCAACAAGCAGCGCAGCGGCUGUCGGCCGUUCUGCGAGGUCUACGUGGGAGACGAGCGAGUCACCACCACCUCCCAGGAGUACGACAAGAUGAAGGACUUCAGGAUGGAGGAUGGCCGUGCUGAGAUCCCCCUGAACGUGACGGUGCAGGGAGACGUGCUGGUGGUCAUCUACCACGCCCGCUCCACGCUGGGGGGCCGCCUGCAGGCCAAGAUGGCGUCCAUGAAGAUGUUCCAGAUCCAGUUCCACACAGGCUUCGUCCCCAGGAACGCCACCACCGUCAAGUUCGCCAAGUACGACCUGGACGCGUGUGACAUCCAGGAGAAGUACCCAGACCUGUUCCAGGUCAACCUGGACAUCGAGGUGGACCCCAGGGACAGGGUCAGCACGCGGCCCCCGCCCUGGGACACCUUCCUCACCAAGGGCCUCAAUCCCAAGAUCCUCUUCUCCUCCAGGGACGAGCAGCAGGAGAUCCUCGCCAAGUUUGGUAAACCAGAGCUUCCCAGACAGCCAGGAUCCUCAGCCUUCUACGACGCAGAGAGCCCUCAGACCGCCCAGACACCAGAGGGCUCCACCGAGGCCGAGUCGCCCCAGAGCACAGACACCAACGCCAACAACUUCUUCCAGACCCUCGACUGGGACGAUGGGAGCAGUCACCAGGACGCAUCGGACAGCCAAGGGGGCGGGGCCAUGGACGACCAGGACGAUCUGAGCGACCAAUCAGACGCGGAGUCUUACUCGUACUGUGCCCCCGGCGGCGAGCCGCUGUCCCGUGAUGCCAGCGAGACGCUCUUCAGCGCCGAGUUCCAGACCGACGCCCCCCCCGCCCACGCCCCCCCCGCCGACGCUCCGCCCUACGACACAGCCGACCUGCUGGGGCUGAACUCUGAGCCGGCGGGCCCCGCCCCCACGCCCCCGCUGGCUCCGGGGGGGGGCAUGAAGGCGGCCUCCAGUAACAGCGACCUGCUGACUGACCUGUUCUCCCCCGGGGAGGGAGGGGGGCAGGAGGACCUGUUCUUCACUGCCCCCCCCACGGCGCCCGCCAAGCCCAAACCCAUGAACGACCUGUUCGACCCCUUCGGGGUGAGUUCUGACGGGGGGGCUCGGCAGACCGGAUCAGACCUGUUUGGAGAUCUGUUGGGUUCAGACAGCACUACCUCCUUCACCUCCGCCAGCAACGCUCCACACUCCUCCAACUCCAGCCUCUUCAACCUCAAUAAGUUGGUGAAUGAUCCCCCCAAGAUGACGUCCUCUACCAGCCAACCAGACCUGCUGGGAGGCUGGGACAGCUGGGCAGCAGGGGGCAGCACUGGCCUGGCUUCCAGCUCCAAACCAGCCUACACAGCUCCGCCGGCCGCCUCCUUCUCCAAGGCCAAGUCUCAGAGCUUCGACCCCUUUGCAGACCUGGGGAACCUGGGGACCACGAUACCAGGCUCGUCCAGUGGCAGCUUUGUCCCUAAGCCAGGCUCCUCCUCUUCCUCCUCCUCCUCCUCCUCCUCCGCCGCCUGGCCGGCUGGUCGGCCGGCGGCAGGACAGAACAAACCCUGGAUGCCCCCGAACGCUGCCACCAAGCCCCAGCCCUCCAAGCCCGUGCCCCCGGCCAAGCCCAACUACAACCUGAGCUUCAGUGUUAUCGGGGGGCGGGAGGAGAGGGGCGUCCGGGGACCGGGCUUCGGUCCCAAACCCAAGGUGAAGGAGGAUGACUUUGGGGACCUGCUGUCCACUCAGGGCUUCUCCUGCAGAGCAGACAGGGCCGGCCCCAGGACCAUCGCUGAGAUGAGGAGGCAGGAGAUCUCCAGAGACAUGGACCCCCUCAAGCUACAGAUCCUGGACUGGAUCGAGGGGAAGGAGAGGAACAUCCGUGCGCUGCUGUCCACGCUGCAGACGGUCCUGUGGGAGGGGGAGACCCGCUGGAGGCCCGUGGGCAUGGCCGACCUCGUCCACCCCGACCAGGUCAAGAAGGCCUACAGGAAGGCUGUCCUGGUGGUCCAUCCAGACAAGGCCACAGGCCAGCCGUACGAGCACUACGCUAAGAUGAUCUUCAUGGAGCUGAACGACGCCUGGUCAGAGUUUGAGAACCAGGGCUCCAAGGCUCUCUUCUAGCAGAGACAGACUGGCCGACUGGCAGACUGGACAGUGCCCACAUUGGGCCUUAGGGGGCAUCAGGCCUCCGAGAGGUCCAGCCCCCCCCCCCCCCCCCCUCCUUCUCUACUGUUGAGAGAGAGGGACACCCUCCUUCCUUUCUUAUCCCCCUCCUCCCUCCUUCUCUCUCCAUCCUCCCUUCUUUCUCCCCUGCGGUCUAUCACCAUCACCCUGCUGAGGGACUCUGCCUGUCUCUAGUUGGGGGGGGGGGGGGAGGGGAGGAGGGCAAAACCUGAUAAAGAAGGAUGGGUGGAUGGAUGGCAGAGGAUGAUGGAUGGGAUGAAAGAGACAAUCACUGGGGAGACGAGAUGGCUGACACUGCAGGCUCCUCCCAUCUCUGGGAGGCUCCGCCUUCCCCCAGCGUCUGUGAGGACGUGUACCUGAAGUUACUGCGACCACCACCACCACCACUACUAAAGUCCUGCGAAAAUACAUCGGAUGUACUACUGCAGCUUCACCAUUGGUUCACCUGCUUCCCACUCCCUCCAAUAGGCGGGGCUAAUGCUCAUUGUUGCUUUAUUGACAGUGUCACAGAUUCACAAUUUACCAAUGAGUCACCGCCUCUCUGUAUUGUUCGACACCUCCCCCCCACAGCGAGCGCCUUGCUUCCGGCUGAUUGGCUGGUCGCUGACAGCUCCUGCCCCUCAACAGGCAGCUGAUUGGCGGAGGGCAACAGGGAAGUAGCCUAGAAGAGGGGCUUUUCUCUCUUUGCUCGAGGUGUUCUAACUGAGGCGUCUCCUCUGCUUUGAACAAGGAAGUGAUGGUCUACUAUGAUGAAGAUUGGAGUGAAAUAUGAAAGCGUGCGUGCGUGCGUGUGUGUGUGUCCACGCUAAGAGAACAUCAUGGCUUCCCUUUGCAGUCAUAAGCCCUUCUAUGUGUUUUUGUUUUCCUAAUUCUGCUGUAACGUCUCACAAUGUAUAAAGCUGAUGUUUGUUUGUGUCUCUCUCCCUUUCCAGCUUUUUCUAUUAUAUUUGUCCUUUUUUUAAGAUGUACUUUUUACCUCACCGACCAAUCAAAUCCUAUUUUCGUAUUUAUUAUUUGGGGUUACCAUACGUAUUCAUGACAUUUAAUCAGCAGAACCUAAUAAACGACAGUAAUAUAUGAACUGAAUGUCUUGAAUACGCUGGAGGGAUAUGGUUUAGUUGUCACAAUUCGUUCUUCUGCCUAGCUAACGUCAUUCCAGUCUUACAUGUAUUUUGUUGGCCGUUGGGAUGUGUGUUUUAAAUCUUGUUUCCUUCUAGAACGUUCCUUUCCUCAGCCAGGGCUUCUGUUCCUGGCUUCCUGCUUGACCUUGAGCCGGAUGAGGAUGUUGAGGGGCUGUUACGUUUCUGAAUCAUGCUAGCAGAAAGACUUAACUCCCUCUGGCUAGCGCUCACUGAACCAAAUUUACUCAACCUUCCUAUGAAUGAUAUGAAUGUAGAUUUUCAUCUUUAAGAAUAAAAAUGAUCUGGGACCAACAUGAUUUUGGCAGGCGUUUAUGAUGUUACGAAACCCAGAGCAUGAAACAUGAAAGGAAUGAGGCCUUAAAUGUUGACGUUGUCAUGGCAGUGGGUUCCUCUAGGUGAAGGGACACCUGUUCUUACAAGGCAUCCAACUACCAACUAAAGACUACUUUGACGAUCCCAUUCUGUCAUGAUUCUUGUUGAACUUUCUUUAUUGAGGACGAAACACUUGCUGGACUGAGUUUACUGACACUGCAGUGAUGAACCUCUGUAUUGUAUGGCAUGUCUCAUCGCCAGUGUUGCUUUUGCAAUUACUUCUGGAAUGAGUGCUUUCGUGAGGACAUUGUACAUACCCACAUUAACGUCUUACGACUCAGUAACGACCCCCCCCCCCCCUCCUCCUUCGUGUGCAUCCUUAUCGGUUUGCAUUUCGCUAAUGGUUCCAGGAUUAUGUCGAAUUUUGGGGGAGUGCGAUUGUGAAAUGAAAUGAUGGGAAAUCCGGCUAUGGAAGGAGUUUAUGUGACAAAGCAGAGUGGUUUAGUGUGACACAGACCCAGGAGUGGAAUAAAAGAAUGUUAAACCAUUGAAUGGAGUUGAUAGGAACGAACGUAACCGCUUCAUCUUCUGAUGUUUAUGAUGCUUUUUGACUUCCCUCCCAGGUGAGGAUCACUGUCUUUAAGUUUCCAAAAAAGUGUUUCUUUUAUUCCUUUAGUUUUUGUAUUUUCUGAUAUGCCAUUUGACCAUUAAAAUACAAUCAUGA